AUGGAUUCAUCCUCUCCAGAAGCUCCCAAAUCUCUCUUUGAGCUAUCAGCAAAUGAUAUUGAUGGCAACUCUCAGUCUCUUGCUGAUCUUGCCAAGGACUACAAAGCAAUCUUGAUUGUUAAUGUUGCUUCUAAAUGUGGGCUCACUAAAGGCCACUACGAGCAACUGACUGAGAUUCAUGAUAAGUUCAGUGACAAAGGUUUUCAAAUCUUUGCUUUCCCUUGCAACCAGUUUGGUGCCCAAGAGCCAGGGACUAAUGAGGAGAUCAGAGCCUUCGCACAGGACAAAUACGGAGCAAAAUUCCAGUUGUUUGAUAAAAUAGAUGUCAAUGGGGAAGAUACUCAUUCAGUCUUUACAUUCUGCAAGCGUAAUUCCUCCCUCCAUGAUUCCUCAACAGAGACUACUGGAGACAUCCCAUGGAACUUCGCAAAGUUCUUGAUCAACAGUGAUGGGGAAGUAGUUGAGUAUUUUGACCCAGAGAAACAGCCAGAAGAAUGCAUUCCAAAAAUUGAAGAACUUCUUGGAUAGACAUCCAUACCUGAC